AUGGGACUUACUGCACACUGGAAGCCGUCACAAGCUGGUCUUUUGGUGUCAACUACUGUUGUCCUGCGUCUUUCUCAUGAGCUUCUGAACAAGCUCAAUUACAAGUACUUGCUAACUGGUAGAUUGUCACAGGAUUGUCUCGAAAACAUCUUUUCUGUAUUGAGGCUCAGAAAACCUGUGCCGAGCGCAUAUGAUGUCAAGUGUGCCUUAAAGCUUAUCUGCGUUGGCCAGUUUGUAAACACACCGACAUCAUCUAGCUAUGGUGUUGAUGACAGCACGCAUCUGGCUGACCUUCUUGAACCCAGUUUCAAACAGGAUCAAGUGGAAGGUCAGGAGCCCGAGGAGCUUGAGAACUUGUUUGUUUAUGCACUUACCACAGAAGAGUGCGAUAUCCUUGCGUACUUGGGAGGCUUUUUGCUGAAGUCAGUCAUCGGUUUUCUUGGAGAGUGCAAAGACUGUGAAAGAGCCCUGGUUGGCGAUGCAACAGGCCAGUACAAUGCUCUUAUACAGCUGAAAGAGUAUGUCAAGAAUAGCGGAAAGCUCAUCCAGCCAAGCCAAACAGUGAUGCAAGUUUUAAUCGAAUGUGAGGAAAACUUUAAGACUUUCGCAAACAUGAAUGAGAUCCUGACUCUCAAAGCUCCAUUUACAGGUAUCCUGAGUGCCUUGCGGAAGUCUGUGGCUAUGAGAUUAGGGUGUUGUGAUGCGCAUGAAUCAAGGGCAUGCAAAAUGCUCCUUGAGAAGUAUGUAAGGACAAGACUUAAGAUUCAUCUCCGACAGCAGCAUGCGCAGAGGGCAACACUGGUUCGAGAUGUCACCACCCUAAAGCGGGCCGCGUAUGUAGGCUCCCUAGGAGGGCGCUCUCAGUCUAGGGGCCGCUCCAAGUCUAAGGCGCGCAUCCCAGGAGGUUCCACCUGGGCCGACAAAGUGAAACAGACGAAGCCGACGGGCCAGACGAAACAUGCCGACGCACAGGCAAACGAGCGGGCGCACGAUCCCAGGAUCGCGCAGUUGAUGAAUGAAAACGCCAGUCUCAAGGAGGAAAUCCAGAGAAUGAAGGCCGACUUCGAGGCAUUCCGAAACGCCAGCGCUGUCCAAGCGGCCGCGGCAAGGCAACCUUCUGCGGAAGAAGGAGCCACAGCAAGGGCGGCCAAGCGCAGAGCCACCUCCUCCCAGGGUACGGUUGAGGACGUGAGCACGGCAGAGGCUGCCAUGCAGAGGUCCUUGGACCGCAUGCAUAAAUCCUUUACCGAGCUGGUACAGAGCAACCAGACCCUUCUAUUCAGAGUACAACUGCUCGAGAACGAGCUUGCCAAGCGCUGUGACGUACACUACGGCGACGCCGCCAGGCCGGAGGCGAUGUCCAGUGAAAUGCUAGAAAACAACCAGCAGUUGCGGGCUGACGAGCAAGAUGGCAUGCCAGCCCACCUCCGAUCCAACAAGCCCAACCAUGGCGAGACCGGACAGUAA